UGUCGGCGGAUAGGUAGUCCUAAAAUCGGAAAUAUAUAUAUAAAGCUACAUAUAUAAUAACUGAAUAUACUCCACCGUCCAGUGCGGCAAGGACUUGAAAGUGCUUAAGAUUUGUGUGUGAAUUAACUCAAAAUGUUUGUGGAAAAAGUGUUCGAAGGCGCCACCAAACUGGAGCUGUUCUCGGUGCUGCUGCUCAUGGUGAUCCCCUUGAGCAUCUACACAUUCUAUGCCACCUUGCAGUCAUACCUUAGGUCAGUGCUGCUUAUGCUGCGGCUCACGGGUCCUCCAGUGGUGCCCAUUCUGGGCAACUGUCACAUGAUCACGGACAAGGAGGUUAUGGAAAAAUGGUGCGGCACUGCCUAUAAGGUAUAUGGGACCUUGGUACGCGUUUGGAUAGCGGUCUUUCCCUUCUUCGCCGUACUUCACCCGGAGGACCUGCAGGUGAUCCUCUCCUCCAAGAAGCACACAAAUAAGGUGUUCUUGUACCGGCUGAUGCACAACUUUCUGGGCGAUGGACUGAUCACCAGCAGUGGCUCCAAGUGGAGCAAUCACCGACGACUCAUCCAGCCGGCUUUCCAUCUAAGCUUGCUUGAAAAAUUCAUUGACACCUUUGUGGAUGCCUCGCAGUCGCUGUACGAGAACCUAGAUGCCUCCGCCAUGGGCACGGAGAUUAAUAUAGCCAAGUACGUGAACAACUGCGUAAUGGACAUUCUUAACGAGGCCGUUCUGGGCGUGUCUAUCAAAAAGAGCAGCCAGGAUAUGGUCAACAUGGAGGACUCACCCUUCCGACAGGGGAAGCUCACGAUACCAGCGCGCUUUACGCAUCCCUGGCUGCUGCUAGACGGAAUCUAUAACUGGACCAAGAUGGCCAACGAUGAACUGAACCAGAAGAAGCGCCUUAACGAGUUCACUCGCCAGAUGAUCAAGCGGCGUCGCCAGAUGCAGAAUAAUAACAAUGGAAACGGAGAGCGAAGGUGCCUGCUGGACUUCAUGAUCGAGAUCUCCGACAGCAAUCCUGACUUCACCGAGGAGGACAUCGUGAACGAGGCCUGCACCUUCAUGCUUGCUGGCCAGGAUUCGGUGGGCGCUGCCAUUGCCUUCACUCUGUUCCUGCUGACCCAGAAUGCCGAUUGCCAGGAGCGUUGCUGCCAGGAGCUGGAGACCAUCUUUGAAGGCAGCAACAGAGCUCCCACGAUGACGGAUUUGCGUGAGAUGCGAUACAUUGAGAUGUGCAUUAAGGAGGCGCUGCGUCUAUAUCCCAGUGUGCCACUGAUUUCUCGCAAGAUUGGCGAAGAAGUGCAACUGCGGGAUUACACACUGCCCGCCGGUAGCAACGUCUUAAUCUGCCCCUAUGCCACCCACCGGAUAGAGCACAUCUACCCCGAGCCAGAGAAGUUCCUGCCUGAGCGAUUUUCCCCUGAGAACUCGGAGCACCGCCAUCCGUACGCUUAUCUGCCGUUCAGCGCAGGACCGAGGUACUGCAUUGGUAAUCGCUUCGCCAUCAUGGAGAUGAAGACCAUAGUGUCCCGGGUUUUGCGUAGCUUCCAAUUGCUGCCUGUGCCCGGCAAGACCACUCUUAAGAUCAACUUCCGGAUCACCCUGCGCGCCUCUGGCGGUCUGUGGGUGCGCCUCAAGCCUCGCGAUCAAUCACUCGCCGAUCACUGAUCCAGCAUAGCAGAUCCUAUCACACAGAUUCGUUAUCAUUAACUUUAAUUAGUACGGUAAAUAUGUAUAUAAAUCGAUACAAUAAUUUAAACACAUAGCUUCCUCCUAGCCUAAGUACAGGGCCUCCGACGGGAGGGAGAGGGGGCGGCGUAUAUCCUACUGUGAGUGGGUGCGGGUGCUGGAUUCUGGGUGCGCUCCGAUCCGCAGUCGCUUCUCGAAUUCGCUUCAUAUUCGAGUUUCGUAGAGUUGAGUUUCUCCUGGGGUCUUUGCUUAAACAAUGAUAUAUCAUCUAUAUAUCUGAAAUAAAGUUAUAAACUAGGACGUGA